AGUAGUGGGCGCUUCAGAGAGGAAAAGCGUGUUAAGCUCCGCUCAUUUCUUCAUAUCGUGGGUUUAAGACACGCACUCUGUUAGGUGGAAGUAACUUUUGUCCUGCAAAGAAGAGUUAUAAACAACUCGGGAUAUACAUCUGGUCAGAGUGUCACCGUAAACCAUAACCAUGUCGGCCUCAUCGACGAAAGUCAGUAGGAAGGAGAACUCAAAUCACGACGGAGCGGACGAGACCUCUGAAAAGGAGCAACAGGAAGCAAUUGAACACAUCGAUGAAGUACAGAAUGAAAUUGACAGACUGAACGAACAGGCUAGUGAAGAAAUUUUAAAAGUAGAGCAGAAGUACAACAAAUUACGCCAGCCAUUCUUUCAGAAGCGUUCGGAACUCAUAGCCAAAAUCCCCAAUUUCUGGGUCACAACAUUUGUCAACCAUCCACAAGUUUCAGCUCUUCUCGGGGAGGAGGACGAAGAAGCACUUCAUUACUUGUCGAGGGUGGAAGUCACUGAGUUCGAAGAUAUCAAGUCUGGUUAUAGAAUAGAUUUUUAUUUUGAUGAGAAUCCAUAUUUUGAGAACAAAGCUCUUUCCAAAGAGUUUAAUGUAAACGAGAGUGGCGAUCCUGUUUCCAAAUCAACUGAAAUCAAAUGGAAAGCUGGAAAGGACCUGACAAAGCGUACAGGUCAGACGCCAAACAAAGCAGGGAAGAAGAGGCAACAUGAGGAGCCAGAGAGCUUCUUCACCUGGUUUACCGACCACUCCGAUGCAGGAGCUGACGAGCUUGGAGAGGUGAUCAAGGAUGACAUCUGGCCUAACCCGCUGCAGUACUACUUGGUCCCUGACAUGGAGGAUGAGGAAGGUGAAGGCGACGAUGAUGAUGAUGACGAAGAGGAGGGUCUGGAAGAUAUUGACGAGGGGGAAGAGGAGGAAGGUGAAGAUGAAGAUGAGGAUGGUGAUGGAGAAGAUGGAGAGGAUGAUGGUGAGGAUGAUUAAAUGUUUCAGCCAAUACCUUUUCCCAGUCCUCCCUCUGGUCAUCCUACGACCCAUGGGAACAAAAUAUUUUGUUUGUUUGGGGGGGGGUUUUGUAAAAGCUGAUUUUUUUUUCCUCUGUGUGUUGUCUAUCUUCUUCCUCUGCAGCCACGGCCUGUCUAUAAUGCCAUGUUUAAAGACCAGCUCCAUACUCAGCAGGUCUUCACGGGGUGGGGUGGGGUGGGGUGGGGGUGUCCGUGGCUGUCUGGAAAUCUCAUCUGUCAUAUGUCCCUACAUCUCCCAAAGACAUGCAAAAGCAUAACAAAAAAAACACAAAAAAAAUUGUAGCAUUCUGCAUGUCACCCUACCUAGAAUGAAGAUACGUACAAUAGCGAUUUCUAUGUAAGAUAUAAAAUGGCAGUUUCUGUUGAAGUUGUGAGUUCAAUAAAAAUAAGCCAUGGUGCAGUGAUAACUUAAUCAUAGCAUCUGUAGCCACUUUUAUAUGUAAAUGUAUAUUAUAAUAUAUCCAGUGGUGGGGGGUAUUAAGUUAGAAGUUGCAUUUUCCUUUGUGACAUUGUACUAAUGGAACUGACUGAAAGCACCAGCUUGUUCCUUUCAACCGUUGUAAAUGUUUUUGGGAUGUACAUGUAUCUUGGUAAGACAGUUAAUUGUACACAGUUCAUUGGGGAGGUCAAGUGGGGUAGCAGGGCUUUGAAAUGAACUCUAGACUCGUGUUAAAUAAUUUUGGAUCAUUUUGUUUUUCCAGACACCCACGAAGUGAAAUGUACAUUUUUUAAAAAAUAUAUAAACGUAAAACUUAAAUUGAGCUUGGCUUUACAUUGUGAUAUGGGAGAGAAAAAGUUGUCUGCAGUGUUUCUCCUGUUCCACUGGAAACCUGUUCACAAUAAAUUAAAUGUACCAGUUGCUUUGUUUCAAUAAAUAAAUGUAUACAUGA